GAAAUAGCGAUUACAAAACUGUUUCUGUCUUUAUUAGUGAGGUAGCAACAACCCGAACUCACGGUUUAAUCCAGUCGUUCAAGAGCAGCGCGGCCUCUUUAAAACCAACGAGAGGGGGGUCUUUAUUUGGCAGGAAGUUAGCCGCAGCUAACAGGAAGCCGAAUAAUGAGGACACUUUGAGGUGCAGGAAUUGGCAGAGAGCAGCGAGUCCAAACAUUGCCCCUCAAACUCGUUACAACUCCCCCGAUAAAGGAGGAACAAGCAGUCAGCCACCUGUGUAUGAAGACACGUCAGAGGCAGCUAUGUCUUCAGCGGUGGAUCUCAAGACCAAGGAGGAGAAGGAUGCAGAGUUAGACAGACGAAUCGAAGCUCUGCGGAAGAAGAAUGAAGCUCUCGUCAAGAGGUACCAGGAAAUUGAGGAAGACAAAAAGAAAGCAGAGCAGGAGGGCAUUGCUGUGACAACACCUCGGAAGCCCCGUCCCCAUGAGCCAGAGACGGACAGGAGGAAGACAGAGAAAGAAAACUUCACUGUCACAGUCGACCUCUCUAAACCAACAGGGAGCGACGUCCACAGAGGCCAGAGCGACGGCCACAGAGGCCAGAGCGACGGCCACAGAGGCCAGAGCGACGGCCACAGAGGCCAGAGCGACGGCCACAGCCCCCCCAGGAGGACGGGGUCGGGACGAGUAGGUCGGGGAGGACAGAGAGGAGGAGGAGGCCGCCAAGAGAGGAGAGACCGGGAACCAAGGACACCCAAAGAUGGAGAGCCUGGGGAGUCGGGAGGACAGGGACGUAGAGGAGGGAGGAGAGGAAGAGGGGGAGAAGGAGGAGGAGGAGGAGGGACACCAGGUGGCAUGGACAGGAAAUCCAAGGAGUGGGAGGAGAAGAGACGACAGAACAUUGAGAAGAUGAAUGAAGAAAUGGAGAGAAUAGCAGAGUAUGAGAGAGGACAGCGGCUGGACGGUGACAAGCCAAUCCGUAACUUCCUGGAUGAUCCGAGACGUUCAGGCCCAGCACCUGACAUAGACCGCAAGGAGGGCAGCAGGAGACAUGUACGAAACUGGGGGGGGCUGGACUUUGACAACGUAAAGACAGGAGCUGAACUGGAGAAAGAGUGGACUAGUCGAAGGCCCGGUCCGAAAGGCUCGGUGGACAUGACCAUGUCCAUGACCGGCCGGGAGAGAGCAGAGUACCUGCGCUGGAAGAAGGAGCGUGAGCAGAUUGACGAGGAGAGACUAGCACGCCAUCGCAACGCCACAGGCCAGUGGAGACGAGAGUGGGACGCACAGAAGACUGAGAACAUGUUCAAGGAGGACCCAUAUGUGGCUGCAGAGGGCAUCACAUCUGAGCAGGGCAGCAGGAGAGAUGACACUAAGCGGCCGCCUAAAGCUCCCACAUUUGGCGACUUCCUGUCCCAGGGCAGGACCCAGGGGCCCCGAGGGGACCGGAGCAGAGGGAAGGGCCGAGGACAGAAACCGAGCUACAGCAUGCAUGACAACCGCUGGGAAGGAGAGAAAGAAGAAGAGGAGGAGAAGGAAAAGGAGGACAAGACAAAGAGAGAGGAGAAGACAAAAAAGAAGGAGAAGGAGAACGAGGACGAAAAACCCAAACCUCCCGCAGCAGAGAAGGCGGAGGAGAAGAAUGGAGAUGGAGAGGAUGAUGACGACGAAUGGGAGGAUGCCAGUGAUGGAGAGGACGACGAGGAAGCAGUGGAGGAAGGGAUCAACUCAGAACAUAGCUCCAGGGCCGAUGAGAAGAAAGACGCUGGGAAAGACAAGCCUGCCAAGAGCAAAGAAGACUCCCCUACAUCUCCCACGCCUCGUUCUCGACCAACAUCAGCAGAAAGCCCCAGGGAGCAGCGGACUCCCAGGCCGAAGGUCCACAUCCCCCCCCCAGCAGCAGCUCACGAGUCACCAGAGGGAGGCAAGCCACUCAGCCCCUUCUCCCCACUGGAUGGCCACCAGCCUGUGUCAGACUGGGGGGAGGAGAUGGAGAUGCUGUCACCCCGGAGCAGCAUGGGAGGAGAGAGUCCCCUGAAACCCCCCAGCGCUGAGGCCAGUCCCCCCCAGAGGAAGGAGCAGGUCCAGGAGCAGGUCCAGGAGCAGGUCCCGGAGCAGGUCCCGGAGCAGGUCCAGGACACAGAGAGCCAAGCUGCCAUCUCCAGUGAACCUGCUGAGCCACAAAAGGAGGAAGAUGCAGCCAUAGCAGUUUCCUCUCCAGAAAAGGCUAAAACCCAGCAGACUCUGAUAGUGUCAGAACCAGAGUCCGUCCCCACAGACUCCCCCGCUGCACCACCAUCUAACGCCAGCCCCUCUGAUGUUUCUGUCCCAGCCCCCUCUGAGGUCAGUGAGGCUGCUGUGACGAUGGACCGGGAUACACCUGUUGAGCCAUUGCAAGCAGACAAACUGGACACUGCCCCCUCUCCCGCCGUCCUGGAGGCUAACCAGAGCUCCUCCGAACCAGCGGGAGGGAAGGAAGACGACACAGCGCCCGCUGGGAUCAACGCUGCUCCAACAGCAGACACAGUGGAGUCCUCAGAGCAGACCUCCUCAGGUGCGGUCAUAAUCACUGACUUUGAGACAGUGGCGUACUCUAAAAAGUCCCCUUCACAUCUCUAA